AUGCCACUAGGCCUGAGAUUGCCGUAUUGCUGGCAUUGCUGGGAGCCUCAGAGAUCCCUACUCACCAUUAUUACUUCUGCAGCUGUUUCAUGCAUGAGGUCUGAACGAGGUGUCAAGAGCCACGGAGAAAGUGCAAGUUGCUCUGAAGCCCCAACCUCUGCUGAGAGCUCACUGGAACAUUCCCUAUAGGACAUGAGCAUGUGGGCACACUUCCUGCUGGAGAAGCAUGCAGUGAGGGCGCCCAUUAUGCAGGCCGCACUGCUGACAGUCGUCAACAAAAGGCACAGGGAGCACUUCCCCGAGAUCCUCAGGAGAGCCUCCGAGCGCGUGGAGCUGGUCUUUGGCCUAGAAUUAAAGGAAGUCAAGCCAGGCAGUCACUCCUAUGCCCUCGUCAGCAGCCUAGACCUCACCAGUGACGGCAGUGUGAGCAGCAUCUCGGGCUUUCCUAAGAAUGGGCUUCUCAUGCCUCUUCUGAGUGUGAUCUUCUUGAAUGGCAACCGCGCCUCUGAGGAAGAUAUCUGGGGAUUCCUGAAUAUUUUGGGCAUCUACGAUGGAAGGAGGCAUUUAGUCUUUGGGGAGCCCAGGAAGCUCAUCACCCAAGAUUUGGUGCAGGAAAAGUACCUGGAGUACCGCCAGGUGGCCAACAGUGAUCCUCCACGCUACGAGUUCCUGUGGGGCCCGAGGGCCCAUGCUGAGACCAGCAAGAUGAGAGUCCUAGAGUUUUUGCUAAUCAUGGCCUUCCCAUUCCAUUAUGAAGAGGCUCUGCGAGAUGAGGAAGAGCGAGCCCGAGCCUGAGCCGCAGCCGGGGCUGCCUCUACUACCAAGGCCCGGGCACAUACCCAGGCCGCCCACCCCGCCCAGCCGUUCCUCUCGUCCCUAGACCGGGCUAAGGCAGAUUCUUCGCUUUGUGGUACCAGCAUCUUCCACCCUCCUGUCCACUCUUGGGCCCGUUGCUCUGACCCAGUCAUGCCUCGGGGCCAGAAGAGUAAGCUCCGUGCCCGUGAGAAACGCCGCCAGGCCCGAGGUGAGCCCCAGGGCCUUGGGGGUACUCAGGCCACUGCAGCAAAGGUUGAAGAGUCCCCCAAAUCUCCUGUUUCUGGGGAUACUCCCCCAAGUUCCCCUGCUGCUGGCACUUCCAAGGAGCCUCAGGGAUCCCCAGCCACUAGCUCUCCUGCUGCAGGUGUUUCACGCCAGAGAUCUAAUGUAGGUGCCAAGAGCCAAGUUGAGAAAAAUAAAAAUUCCUCUCAGGCCUCAACUUCCCCUGAGAGUGCUCGCACAGAUCUUCUAACCAGGAAGGUGGGGAUGCUGAUGCAGUUCCUGCUAGAAAAGCAUACAAUGAGGGAACCCAUUAAAAAGGCAGACAUGUUGAAGAUGGUCAACAAAAGGCACAGGGAGCACUUCCCCGAGAUCCUCAGGAGAGCCUCCGAGCACAUGGAGCUGGUCUUUGGCCUAGAAUUAAAGGAAGUCAAGCCAGGCGGUCACUCCUAUGCCCUCGUCAGCAGCCUAGACCUCACCAGUGACGGCAGUGUGAGCAGCAUCUCGGGCUUUCCUAAGAAUGGGCUUCUCAUGCCUCUUCUGAGUGUGAUCUUCUUGAAUGGCAACCGCGCCUCUGAGGAAGAUAUCUGGGGAUUCCUGAAUAUUUUGGGCAUCUACGAUGGAAGGAGGCAUUUAGUCUUUGGGGAGCCCAGGAAGCUCAUCACCCAAGAUUUGGUGCAGGAAAAGUACCUGGAGUACCGCCAGGUGGCCAACAGUGAUCCUCCACGCUACGAGUUCCUGUGGGGCCCGAGGGCCCAUGCUGAGACCAGCAAGAUGAAAGUCCUAGAGUUUUUGGCCAAGGUUCAUGAUACCGUCCCCAGUGCCUUCCCAUUCCAUUAUGAAGAGGCUCUGCGAGAUGAGGAAGAGCGAGCCCGAGCCCAAGCCGCAGCCCAGGCUGCCUCUGUUACCAAGGCCGGUGCACGUUCCCGGGCCAAGUCCAGCCGCUCCUCUCGUCCCUAG